UUUAAUGCUAUAUUUGCUGAUUUGUCAGAUUAUGAUGAAUCUAUUCGGGCGCUUAAUGAAGCUUCAUCAAAGCAUAAUGGAAGAGUGCCAGAAGUGAUCUUCUGUUGUGCAGGUUUUUCAUUGCCUCGCAUAUUUAUAGAACAACCAAUCAAAGAAUUUGAGAAAACUAUGCAACUUAAUUACUUCGGAACUUUGUAUACUGUUCAUGAGGCAGUAAAACGUAUGGCUCAACAAAGUGUCAAAGGAAAGAUUGUUCUUGUUAGCUCUUUGCUGGGUUUAUGUGGGUUCGUUGGAUAUUCAUCCUAUGCACCAACAAAGCAUGCUAUCAAAGGUUUAGUGGAGUGCCUUCGUAAUGAACUAAUUCUUUAUGAUAUUAGUGUACACUGUUAUUUUGCCGGAACGCUUGACACCCCUGGCUAUCGUGAAGAGAUGAAAGUAAAGCCAAAAUUAACUCAUGAUUUAGAAGGCGAUAGUAAAUUAAACCCGGAACAAGCUGCCAAAUUUUUAUAUAAUGAUAUUGUUGGUGAUGCUAUUAGGGCUUCAUCGCUAGGAAUUUCACCAGCAAAUAAUACGUUUUAUGAUGCUAUUCUAUGUUGCAUUGCUUGGAUUAUUUUUAAACCUCUGAGAUGGUAUAGCGAUAAAAUAGUCCAUAACAAUAAAACAGCGUAUCCCGUGGUUUCUACUAAUAAUGAUGAGAUUUUACAUGAUAAACAAAAGAUGAUAUUAAGUGUUAAAAACUAA